AUGUCUCAACAGAAUCAAUUAGCCAAGCAGUUAGAGGCGAGACACAAAUCGGGUCAAGGCUCGAUGAUGUUCUGGAGUAAGACUAAAAAACAUUUCCAAAAUUCGUCGGCUUCUAUAAGAGGUUUUACUAUAUCGAACGGAGCAACCGAAAUAGAUCCAGCGAAAAUGACCGAACUAGCAGUUGAAGAUUACGAGAAACUCUUUGGAGAACCAGUUGUCUACAUCCCUCAUCCGUAUGUUGAUAUACCCUAUGAUAAACAAGACGAUAGUAAAAAAUAG